AUGAGCUCAUUCUCCAAAAUAACUCAAAUUCUCUUGAUUUCACUCAUUUUCCAUUCAGCAAUUACACGUGCAAUUGACGAUUUAGAGACGUACAUCGUCCAUGUAGAUCCGUCCGACACAAGUCUGGAAGAACUAGAGAGCUGGUACCAUUCAUUUCUUGGUGACUCAAACCCCUCCACAAGAAGAAUAGUGCACACGUACAAACACGUGAUCAAAGGCUUCGCGGCGAGGCUAACCCCUGACCAAGUGGCCAUCAUCCAAAAAUACGACGGCUUCUUACACGCUAGGCCUCAAAGGCAGCUCCCCCUACACACCACCCACACUCCUGACUUCCUCGGACUACACCCUGAGUCCGGCCUCUGGAAGGACUCCAACUAUGGCGAAGGCGUCAUCAUCGGUGUCCUUGACACCGGGAUUUCCCCCGACCACCCCUCGUUCAGCGACGAGGGCAUGCCACCCCCGCCAGCCAAAUGGAAGGGCAAGUGCGAGCUCGCCUGCAACAACAAGCUCAUCGGUGCCAGGUACUUCACGUUUGGGCAGGGGACUUCGCUCGAUGAAAACGGACACGGAACUCAUGUUGCGGGCACUGCCGCCGGGAGUUUCGUAGGCGGCGCCAACUCCUUCCGGAGAGCCAACGGCACUGCUGUGGGAAUAGCCCCGCGGGCUCACAUAGCUGUCUACAAAGUAUGCACCGAUACAGGGCAUUGCUCUGAGAGCGACGUCCUAGCGGCUAUGGACUUUGCUAUCGAAGACGGCGUUGAUGUGAUUUCGAUCUCUGUAGGACUCGGCCAGGAUCCCUUCGCCUUCAACGCCAUAUCUCUCGGCGCUUAUGGUGCCGUCAAGAAGGGCGUCUUCGUGAGCUGCUCUGCCGGUAACAACGGACCUUCACACGGCACGCUGUCGAAUGAGGCUCCAUGGCUUCUAACAGUGGGAGCGACCACAGUUGACAGAAAAUUACUAGCUGUUGCACUUCUUGGGAAUACAGAGGAGAUAGACGGCGAAGCCAUUAUUCAGAUUAACAAUUUUUCGCAGACGCCGUUGCCUCUGAUUCACACCGGAUUUUGCAUUUCUGGGGCAUUAAAAGGAAUCUACGCUCGAGGAAAAAUCAUUGCCUGUGAUUGGGGAAUGACCAUAUCAGAUGUUCAGAAAGCCCGGGCCGCUGGAGCUCAAGCUGUCAUUAUCAUGAAUGACGAAACCGAGGGAGACACCAAAAGGCUCGCCUCUUUCACUUUCCCGACCAUACAAGUCGGUUACACCCAAGGAUUGCGGAUCAAAGCGUACAUAAACUCCACAUCGGAUCCCACAGCAACCUUGUCCUUUAAAGGGACGGUGAUCGGAGACGCCCACGCUCCGAUCAUCGCUUCCUUCUCCUCUCGCGGGCCGAGCGUGCACAGCCCUGGAAUCCUAAAACCGGACAUUCUCGGGCCGGGUGUGAACAUCCUGGCGGCCUGGCCCGUUUCCAUCGAAGGAAACACAAACAGAUUCGUCUUCAGUUCAGGCACUUCAAUGGCGUGCCCACAUCUCAGCGGGGUCGCGGCGCUGCUCAAAAGCGUGCACCACGACUGGUCGCCUGCCGCGAUCAAGUCCGCGAUCAUGACUACCGCUGACGUCGUAAACCUCGCGGGCGGUCCAAUCGAGGACCAGACGUUGAAGCCGGCUGACGUGUAUGCCACCGGUGCAGGGCAUGUGAAUCCCUCCAGGGCUAGUGAUCCCGGGCUUGUCUAUGAUCUUGAGGCCCGGGAUUACAUCCCUUAUCUGUGCGGACUAUCAUACACAAAUAGGGAAAUUGGGAUCAUCACGCAAGAAAGGGUGAACUGCUCUCAGAUAUCCAGUAUACCUGAGACGCAACUCAAUUAUCCUACGUUUUCGGUUUUGUUUGGAUCGGAUGUACAAACGUACACAAGAACGGUGACGAAUGUUGGUGAGGCAAAUUCAUCGUACGUCGUGAAGGUGUCUGCACCUCCUGGUGUUGGUGUGGUUGUUGAACCGGGAAGACUUGACUUCAAUGAACUGAGACAAAAGCUGACAUACCAAGUAACCUUCAGCAGAGAUCUGAAUGGAGACGAGUUUAAUUUUACCCAAGGAUUUCUUACAUGGAGUUCGACUAGGUACGAGGUAAGGAGCCCGAUUGUUGCAAUGAUGCUGGACUGGGAAUAUGGACUUUGA